AUGGCGACCCAACAUUCGAGUGGUUCUGAUUCCACUCUGAAUCAGAAUGAUGUGCAUGCCGCAACGGGACUACAAGACAUGUCGAAACAGAAAACCCGGGAUCCGGAACUGGAUGUCAACCUCCCUUACCGAACCUUGAGCGAGCGGGCCAACAUGGCCGAGUACACAACCGAACAGCCAGAUGGACAAAUACCCAUCACCGCACCCGACAGCAAGAAGGAGUACAAAUUGGUUGCAUUUGUCGAAAACGACCCCGAGAAUCCAAAGAACUGGUCCAAGGCAUACAAGUGGUGGUGUACCAUGGUUGUCGCCAUGACCUGUUUCGUUGUAGCUCUUGCUUCGGCGGUCAUUACCGCAGACCUCGAUGCCCCGGCCAAGGAGCUUGGUGUUAGCAAGGAAGUGUCCCUUCUGGCCAUCACCGUCUUUGUUGUUGGUUUUGGUGUCGGUCCCAUGGUGUUUGCGCCACUGUCAGAGGUCUAUGGUCGCCGUGUUAUCUAUGGCUCGACACUGCUGCUGGCCGUCAUUUUCAUCAUUCCUUGUGCUGUGGCGCCCAACAUUGCGACUCUACUCGUUUGCCGCGCUAUUGACGGUAUUGCCUUUUCGGCGCCCAUGACCUUGGUCGGAGGUACACUUGCAGAUCUUUGGAAGAAUGAGGAGCGAGGUGUUCCCAUGGCUGCCUUUUCUGCUGCCCCUUUUAUUGGCCCAGCCAUUGGUCCCCUCAUUGGAGGCUGGCUCUCCAUGGCUGCCGGCUGGAGAUGGUUAUAUUGGAUUCAGCUCAUCCUUGCUGCGAUCGUGUGGAUUCUCAUCACCUUUACCGUGCCCGAAACAUAUGCACCCACCAUCCUGAAGCGACGUGCUGAGAAGAAGAGAAAGGAAACUGGAGACAUGGAAUUCGUCACGGAACAGGAGCUGGACAAGCGACCAAUGAGUGCACGCAUGAAGAUUUUCCUUCUGCGACCUUUCCAGCUCCUCUUCCAGGAGCUCAUUGUCUUCUUGAUCAGUUUGUACAUGUCCGUGCUCUACGGUCUACUGUACAUGUUCUUUGUGGCGUACCCAAUCAUUUUCCAAGAGGGUAAGGGCUACUCUGCUGGUAUUACUGGUCUCAUGUUCAUUCCAAUUGCUGUUGGUGUAGUCAUGUCGGCCAUGUGCUCGCCCUUUGUCAACAAGCACUAUCUUACCCUUGUCAAGAAGCACAACGGAAACCCGCCAGCCGAGGUACGACUGAUCCCCAUGAUGUUCUCAUGCUGGUUCAUCCCCAUUGGUCUCUUCAUCUUUGCCUGGUCGUCAUACAAGGAGCUCUCGUGGGUGGGUCCUUGCUUGGGCGGCUUCCCCGUCGGCUUUGGCUUCAUUUUCCUCUAUAAUGCCGCCAACAACUAUCUGGUCGACUCGUACCAGCACCUGGCGGCCUCGGCCCUUGCGGCCAAGACUUUUAUCCGCAGCUUCUGGGGCGCCGGCGUGGUGCUCUUUACCAUUCAAAUGUACGAUCGUCUCGGCGACCAGUGGGCCAGCAGUCUUCUGGGCUUCAUUGGCCUCGCCUGCUGUGCCAUCCCCUUUUGCUUCUGGAAAUGGGGUGCUCAGAUUCGGCGGAGGUCCAAGUACGCCUAUGCUGGCGAAGAUGAGGAGGAGGACGGCAAAGGCAUCGCCAGCCGUGGUGAUGUUGAGAAGGGACAAGGGGACGCUGGCCAUUGA